CCCAUUCAGUUCAUCUGCAGUUUUCUAGCUGAGAGUACAGAAAAAUUUUGAAAAAUUCUUUAAACUUGCAUAAUUUUGAGUUGAAAAGUGUAGAUAAAAUGAAAACUCCACUUAGCCAGAAGACGGGCUUCUUUGCCGAAUACUAUCUGAAGCUCAAGGAUCAGGCGGGUUCCAGUUGCGAGUCGGACAUUGCCAAAUUGUCAUCGUGCAAGAGUGAUGAGGAGCGCGUGGCGUAUGUGGAAAAGUUGCCCUGGGUGCAGGCAGGGGAUGCCAACCUGGUGGUGAACCAGGAGUUCGCCGGCAAGAACGCCACUCUAGCGGCGGAGAUCAAGGAGCGGGCCACCUCCGCCUUCAAGGCCAAGAAGUGGCUGGAGGCCAUGAUGUUGUACACCAGGAGCUAUGUGGCGCUGCCCAGUGAAAAUGUGGCAGAAAUACGUAUUGUUUUGGCUAAUCGAUCGGCCACUUUGUACCACAUGCAGAAAUAUCAAGAAUGCCUGAUUGAUAUUCGAAGAGCCUUAGAUCUAGGCUAUCCCAAGGAUUUGAUCUACAAGUUGUACGAACGACAGGCUCGUUGUUACAUGGCUCUCAAGGACUAUCCACAUACAAUUGAGGCAUUCAAAAAGUGCAUCACCACCAUGGAUGACUCCACAUUGACCUCUGACAAGCGAGCCAAACUCAAUUUGGAUGCCAUGACCAUGAUCAAAAUGCUGAGCCAUGAUCCAAGAACCGCAAAACAGGAGGCCAAACAGCAAAAACAGAAGAUAGCUUUGGAUCAAGCCCAACCAGUUAAGUUGGAGACUGAAGUAGUGAGUCCUCUGGUGAGGAUCGAUAGCAAUCCACAGGAGGGUCGUUAUGCCAGAGCCUCUGCAGAUAUUAAGCCCGGUGAAGAGCUGCUAGUGGAGCGACCUUUUGUCUCAGUUUUGCUGGAGAAGUUUGCCAAGACCCACUGCGAGAAUUGCUUUGUGAGGACUGUGGUUCCCGUGGCCUGUCCUCGCUGUGCCGAUGUUCUCUAUUGCUCGGAGCAAUGUCGUGAAGAGGCCUCCAAGAAGUAUCAUAAGUACGAGUGUGGAAUAGUUCCAAUUCUCUGGCGUUCAGGUGCCUCCAUUAACAAUCACAUUGCCUUGAGGAUCAUUGCCAGCAAACCAUUGGAUUACUUCCUCAACUUAAAGCCAACUAUUGAUGAGGUGCUGACACCGGAGCAACUGAUCAGCCUACCUAAGGAUGACUUCCGCAGAGUGGCUCAAUUGGAGAGGCAUCAGGGUGAACGGCAGCCCUCAAAUUUCUUCCAGCACGUCCUGAUGGCUCGCUUUUUGACACAAUGUCUCCGGGCCGGAGGUUACUUUGGAUCGGAACCCAAGCCAGAUCAGGUGGCCAUUAUAUGCUCCUUGGUGCUGCGCAGUCUGCAGUUCAUCCAGUUUAAUACUCAUGAAGUGGCGGAGCUUCACAAAUUCAGUUCGUCUGGCCGGGAGAAGUCCAUUUUCAUUGGCGGAGCCAUCUAUCCCACCUUGGCCCUGUUCAAUCACUCUUGUGAUCCGGGCGUGGUGCGUUACUUCCGCGGCACCACCAUCCACAUAAACAGUGUACGACCCAUCGAAGCUGGACUUCCGAUCAACGAGAACUAUGGACCCAUGUACACCCAAGAUGAGCGAUCGGAUCGCCAGGCGCGUCUGAAGGAGCUCUACUGGUUCGAGUGUUCAUGCGAUGCCUGUAUCGACAAUUGGCCCCGUUUCGAUGAUCUUCCUCGGGAUGUGAUACGCUUCCGUUGCGAUGCACCGAAUAACUGUACGGCGGUGAUUGAGGUACCACCCAGUUGCAACGACUUCAUGGUCAAGUGUGUGAACUGUGGCGAGAUCACCAACAUCCUGAAAGGCCUAAAGGUCAUGCAGGACACCGAGAUGAUGACGCGCACAGCCAAGAGGCUGUACGAAACAGGGGAAUACUCCAAGGCCUUGGCAAAGUUCAUUGAUCUGAUCAGGAUUAUGUAUGAAGUGCUGGCCCCGCCUUUUCCCGAUUUCUGUGAGAGUCAGCAGAACCUCAAGGACUGCUUCCUCAAUUUGGGCAAUGUAUAUACUCUGGACUAGAGUGAUUACUUUCAAAAUGUAUACAAAUGUUUUGCGACAUUAAGACUUUUAAUUGCAAAUAUUAAAAACAAAUAAAUGAGUUUUACAGUUUUAAAUUAUGUCGUCAUUAAAUAAAACAUACAUUCACUUUCAAAUAUAUAGAUUGCAAAUCUUUUGCUAAAACAA